AUGGAUAGCGCUUUCAAUGCAAACUUACAUGGAGUUUCCGCUGAGCCCACCCCAUUAAUCAUCUCAUCGGGUGGUUUAAAUGGAAACUUAUUGAGAAAGAAUGGCGAGGAAGGAGCUGGUGGUCUAAUUUUGGGCGAGACUGAAGGGAAUAGCACCUUAGGGAGCAGGUGUGACGGUCAGGAUGACUCUGGAACAGCUGAUGUUGAUACAGAAGGAAGCGAAGAGUCUCACAAUCAAUAUUGGAAGACAAAACUUUGUUUGAUGUUUUCAAAAGGAGCAUGCAAGAAUGGAGAUAAUUGUAGGUUUGCUCACGGAAAUGAAGAUUUAAGAACUCCUGUAAAUUUGAAGAAGACUAAGCUAUGCCCAUUUUGGUUAAGUUCUGCUUGCAGUAUUGGAGAGAAUUGUCCUUUUGCUCACGGUACUACUGAACUUAGAGUUACUAAUGACUUUUAUAAGACUUCCGUCUGUAGGUAUUGGAAGAUGGGCGUUAAAUGCGAUGCUGGAGUUCUAUGCAGGCAUGCUCAUGGGGAGGCAGAGCUUAGAAAGAAGACAAACAAACACUUACUUAGGCGAAAAGAUGACCAAAUUCCGUCUUCUAUUCAGGAAGACGAACUAGUAAUUUCAAUGAGAAAUAACAAGUUUAAUGAAAAUAGUCGAUUUCUCUUUCAGGUUCCUCCUCCACCUCCUUUAGUGUAUUCAAACUCAAGCCAGACAAUACCAUCUUUGGGGAAAAUUAGACAAAACCAGUCCCACUCUCAGACUCAACCCCAAUCACAAACCCAUUCAAAUCUUCAUUCAAACUCCAGAAUGGGCCUGGGAUCUCAUACCCAGUCAUUACAGACCAAAACCUUACCGCCAAUCUUUAUGUAUGUUGAUCGGGAUGCUGAAGAAGAGCAGAAGAUGAAACGUAAUUACAGUUGUGACGAUAAUUUUAGAAAAGAGGGCUUUUCAAAUUCUCACUCUCACUCCCAUCCUCAUCCCCACUCCCAUCCCCACGCCCAUUCUCAACCUCAAUCACAUUCACACUCCUACCCUCCUCAAUUCAAUUCUUUUCAAGAUAAUCAAAAUAAUGAUAUUACAAAUGUUCAAUGUAUCAGGAACUCUUCAUCCCUUAAUAAUUUGAGAGACUGGGGGUCUAACUCCAAGAAUGAUCAAUUGGAUGUAUCUCAAGACAUUUUUGGCUUUUCUGGGCUUGAGAAGAACCCUGGAAUACCUUCUACUAAUAUGAUCAAAGGCAGGUUUCAAGAUGAAGAUUCUGAAAAGCAACUUCUGGACCUAAAGUCAAAUGAAACAGACUUAUCUUCGUUUUGCUCUUUAAGACGAAUGGAAGAUAGCUCAAACUCUUUGGUUUCCAACAUUUCAGACUUGAGUUUUGGAGAUGAUUUCUUUGGUGGAGUACUUCAUAAUAAGUUUCAGAACCAUCAAGUUUUGAAGCACUCCCCUGGAUCCAUGUUCAAUGGCAUACUUUCAUGUAAUGUUGAAAGCCAUGGUGGCUCAGCUGUAGGACACAAUUGCCAAUCAUCAAGUAUUGUUAAGGAGAACAAGAGAGAUGAAACAAAGUGUUUAGACCAUUUCAAGAAUAUCCCAGAUGUGGUUCCAUCUGAGGGAUUUAUUUCAAAAAUCAACCAAUUUAAUACCAAUUUGGAGAUUGCUCAUUCUCCAAUUUUGGUUAGAAUUAAGCUUCUUGAUUCUUCGGAAAUAUCCUCUCUUUCAAUUGGAGAAGUCCCUGCCAUUCUGAUUCCUUCUGAGGAUAUGAAGUCUGCAAAAGUACAUUUUUUGUCAAUUUAA